AUUCUGGUUCCACAACAUUUGGAUCGACUGCAACUUUGGAGUGUGAUGCUGGAUAUGAACCUAAAAACAAAAAUAUGGCUACCCUAAUAUGUGAAGCAUCAGGUGAUUGGGAAAAGGCAAAGUGUGUUAUAAAAGAUUGUGGGUCUUUGAAAUCGGUAAGCGAUGGAUCUGUAAGUCUUGAUUCCUCAGCUACUACGUUUGGUUCAACAGCGACUGUGUCGUGUAGUGUCGGAUAUGUCCCAAAAGCCGAAAAAAUUACCUGCAAGGAAUCAGGUGUAUGGGAAGAAGCACAAUGUAUCAUCAAAGAUUGUGGAUCUCUUCCCUCGAUUAGCGACGGAUCUGUGCGUCUUGAUUCAACAGCCACUACGUUUGGGUCAACCGCAACAGUUUCGUGUAAUAUUGGAUAUGAUCCAAGUGUGGCGACAAUAAGAUGCCAAGCGUCAGGUGCUUGGGAUAUAGCCGCAUGUACGAUUAAAGAUUGUGGAACUCUUCCCUCGAUUAGCGACGGAUCUAUGCGUCUUGAUUCAACAACCACUACGUUUGGGUCAACCGCAACAGUUUCGUGUAAUAUUGGAUAUGAUCCAAGUGUGGCGACAAUAAGAUGCCAGGCGUCAGGUGCUUGGGAUUUAGCCGCAUGUACGAUUAAAGAUUGUGGAACUCUUCCCUCGAUUAGCGACGGAUCUGUGCGUCUUGAUUCAACAACCACUACGUUUGGGUCAACCGCAACUGUUUCGUGUAAUGUUGGAUAUGAUCCAAGUGUGGCGACAAUAAGAUGCCAGGCGUCAGGUGCUUGGGAUUUAGCCGCAUGUACGAUUAAAGAUUGUGGAACUCUUCCCUCGAUUAGCGACGGAUCUGUGCGUCUUGAUUCAACAACCACUACGUUUGGGUCAACCGCAACUGUUUCGUGUAAUGUUGGAUAUGAUCCAAGUGUGGCGACAAUAAGAUGCCAGGCGUCAGGUGCUUGGGAUUUAGCCGCAUGUACGAUUAAAGAUUGUGGAACUCUUCCCUCGAUUAGCGACGGAUCUAUGCGUCUUGAUUCAACAACCACUACGUUUGGGUCAACCGCAACAGUUUCGUAUAAUGUUGGAUAUGAUCCAAGUGUGGCGACAAUAAGAUGCCAAGCGUCAGGUGCUUGGGAUUUAGCCGCAUGCACGAUUAAAGAUUGUGGAACUCUUCCCUCGAUUAGCGACGGAUCUGUGCGUCUUGAUUCAACAACCACUACGUUUGGGUCAACCGCAACUGUAUCGUGUAAUGUUGGAUAUGAUCCAAGUGUGGCGACAAUAAGAUGCCAGGCGUCAGGUGCUUGGGAUUUAGCCGCAUGUACGAUUAAAGAUUGUGGAACUCUUCCCUCGAUUAGCGACGGAUCUGUGCGUCUUGAUUCAACAACCACUACGUUUGGGUCAACCGCAACUGUUUCGUGUAAUGUUGGAUAUGAUCCAAGUGUGGCGACAAUAAGAUGCCAGGCGUCAGGUGCUUGGGAUUUAGCCGCAUGUACGAUUAAAGAUUGUGGAACUCUUCCCUCGAUUAGCGACGGAUCUAUGCGUCUUGAUUCAACAACCACUACGUUUGGGUCAACCGCAACAGUUUCGUGUAAUGUUGGAUAUGAUCCAAGUGUGGCGACAAUAAGAUGCCAAGCGUCAGGUGCUUGGGAUUUAGCCGCAUGUACGAUUAAAGAUUGUGGAACUCUUCCCUCGAUUAGCGACGGAUCUGUGCGUCUUGAUUCAACAACCACUACGUUUGGGUCAACCGCAACUGUUUCGUGUAAUGUUGGAUAUGAUCCAAGUGUGGCGACAAUAAGAUGCCAGGCGUCAGGUGCUUGGGAUUAACCGCAUGUACGA